CCAGCGACUAUCACUAUGUACGCGAAACUCGCUCUCGUAUCCCUUGUCAUUGCCGCCGUCGUGGCGACCCCUGUGCCCGGUGGUCAUGGUCACCACAAACACGUAACCAUCCACGUUCCCUACAAGGUCCACACUAUCCACCACCAUCACGUCUCUAAAGUUCAUGUGCCGGUCGUCAAAGAAGUCCCCGUGAUCAAGCAUGUCCCCAUCUACAAGGAGGUGCACGUGCCCGUGGUCAAGCACGUGCCUUAUCCGGUGGAGAAGAAAGUGGUAGUGGAGAAGAUUGUGCACGUGCCUGUGCACCAUCAUGAGGAACACAAGUGGGAGGAACCCAAGGGGUGGGAGAGCGAGUCGCUGUCGCAUGGCUGGAACUGAUUGAGUUGCCAGUGUAUUAGUAGAAAUAGGU